CAUGGUAAUUAAAAUACUAAUACGUAUUGUUAGUACAUACGCAACUUAUAUCAAUGCCAUAAUUUUCUUAUUUAUCCAGACUAGCAGUUUACAUAAAUACAGGGGCUGCAGCAACUGUGUUAGCAGUUAAUAUAUAAAAAAGCCUGGCAACCAAAUCCUGUUGAAGCGCGCGAGACGCAAUGGAUCAAACAGUUAUUUGGAUUACUGCACUUUCCAUCGCCUUGGUGAUGGGAGAACAUCAGCCCAACUUUAAAGGACAAAUUGCUUUGAUUACCGGUGCUGCCGACGGUCUUGGCUUCGAGUGCGCCCACCAACUUUUGAGGGAUGGACUAAAGGGCGUUACCAUCGUCGACACAAAUCGGAUAAAGGGAAGAGAGGCCGCAAUGAAACUGAACGACGCAUUUGGACCCGGUAGGGCGAUUUUCAUUCCGACGAAUGUUUCGAAUGAGGUCGAAUUUGAAGUGUUUUGGAUUACUGCUGCACUUUCUAUCGCCAUGGUAUUGGGAGAAAAGCAGCCCAAAUUUGAAGGAAAAAUUGCUUUGAUCACCGGUGCGGCCGAUGGUCUUGGUUUCGGGUGCGCCAACCAACUCCUAAAGGAUGGACUAAAGGGCGUUACCAUCAUCGACAUAAAUCGGAUGAAGGGAAAGGAGGCCGCAAUUAAACUGAACGACGCGUUUGGACCUGGUAGGGCGAUUUUCAUUCCCGCUGAUAUUUCGAAUGACACCGAAUUUGAAGUCGCAUUCCAAGUUUCAAUGAAGCACUGGAAACGUCUAGACAUUGUCGUUAAUAACGCCGGAAUUGUGAACGAAAACAACUGGAGGUUAGCCGUGAAUGUAAAUGCAAUAGGCACACUCAAGGGGACCCUUCUCGGAUUUAAAUACAUGAGCAGCGCCAAAGGUGGACGAGGAGGAGUAAUAUUGAACAUGUCAUCGCUUGCCGCCAUUGUCGCGCCCGAUUUCUUCCCAGUGUACACGGCGACUAAAAGUUUUAUAAUAGGCCUUGGACGUUCCCUGGGUCAAGAUCUUUACUACGAGCAUAACCGCGUGCGGGUGGUCACGCUGUGCCCCGGUUUCACGAAAACGGACCUGAUCGCACCGGAACGAUUUGUAAACUCGCUGUCAGACGCAUUGAGCCCGUACGUCAAGCAAUCGGCUCUGGAAGGCCUGAAGAAUUUUCCGACGCAAGCUGUCGAUAACGUGUCGCGCGCAUGCGCAAAGGUUAUCAAGGACGGGAGCAAUGGAAGUGUGUGGAUUGUGGAGAACGACCUUCCGGCUUACGAGAUUAUUAUGCCCGAUAGAGAUUCUAUGCGUAAAACGGAUUCGUACGAUGUAGCAGACUACAUUUACUAAUCGUUCAUUUAAUACUUUUCUUUCUUGUUAACAAAGCAAUAAAUAUACCUUAGUCACUAGGUAUAAAACGUUC